UCGGACACUCCCACGAAGUCGGUGUCCACCACUACCGACGGUGGCGGCGGCGACGGCGGCAGCAGCAGCUGGAAUGGCGGCGCUGUUUGUGCGCAAAAACUUCGAAGUUGCGUCACUGUUCUCGCCUUCGACCACGGUGGCUCUGAAUGCGAGGCAUUUGCGAAUGAAUCGACAAUUGACGCUUCUAUGAACGGCCAGGUCGGUAUUGCAGAAAUGCGUCAGUAUCGCACCGCAUCCACGAUUGACGUGGUGGUGUCGACAUGA